UUGGCUUCGCAGACUCUUGCCAACCCCGAGCUCGCGUGUGGGGAUGACCCGCAGUAGUGAGUAGGUCUUUGCCAACGACAGGUCGACGCUGCGGAGCGCUGAGUAACCCGUGGCUACCUACUAAGUAGGUAGCGACUGAACUACUCCCUACCUACCUCGGGUGGCACCUGGCUCCUCCCCCCGUUCGCUACAUCCCUUCCAUCAACGUGCACCGUGCCACAUCACAUCCAGCCCGCAACACCGUACUGUACUGCAUGCUCCGACACACGAGUCUCAAGAACGAAAAUGGGGUCAUCAGAGAACACAAACACGAUAGUCCUUUACACCAACCACACAUGCACAUGGGCAAAUCGUGCGGACGUGUGUCUCGCCGAGCUGGGGAUUGCCUUUGAGGAGCGGAUCAUCAAUGUCGACGGACCCCGCCCUGCCGACUUCCUCAAGCUGAAUCCUCGUGGCCUCGUGCCGGUGCUCAUCUUCAACGACCAGGUCAUCGUCGAGUCUCAGAUCGUCUGCCAAUUCCUCUGCGACGUCUUCCCGUCGCACCUAUGUCCUCCCCCCACAUCCACUGCUGGGGCGCUCAGACGGGCAAGGAUGAGCUUCUUCAUCGAUGCCUACUGGACAAAGUACCACACGAUCCUUUUCAGGCUGUUCGAGUCCCCCACUCCUGCGCACGAGGAGCGAGUGGUGGACGACGCUGUGGACGGAAUCAAAGCAGAACUCGAGCCCCUGCUGGCUGAUGCCGCGCCCUUCUGGGGCGGAAGUAACCAACUCACCCUCGCCGAGGUCAUCACCGGGCCCUUUGUGAUCCGCGCACGCGCCUUGAGCAAGCAUGGUGUGUACCCUGCGAGUUUGAACAAGCGGAUAGAGGAAGAGGCCCCCAGCUUCCACAAGUGGGCAACGGCCACGUCCGGACACGAGAACAUCAAGAGGUUCUUUGACGAAGAUGUCAUUGUCAAGCGGUCCAUGGCCAAGAGAGCCAGGAUGAGAACAUCUGCAGGGCUGGACUGAUGGUUCAAAUCACAGCGCAGCUUAAGCUUCGUCGUUUGUACGCUGCUCCGGGCCACCGUUCCUAGAUGCGUAAGAAGGAUUCAUUCUCCCAGCUGAGGGGCAGGCGACUUUCCGACAUUAAUUAGAGUUGACCAGUACGCCGCGGGACAGCUUCCCUGUUCUCACUUUCAACUAGGUAGUAGACUGCUAGCAAAGAGACUUUGGUGACACAGUGCGCCAUCUAAUACACGCCAACUGCAACAUGAUUGGCCCCAUUUCGAUCGGAACAUGCCGAGGUCUAACAGCUACCAUGAGGCUGUGUCCUGUCCUGGGAGUCCUGGAAAUCCCGGGGCAAGGUGAUAUCUAGGGUGCCCUCGCAAGCGCCUGUCUAAUCCAUGUCUG